AAAGCUGACGGUCAGGAUAAGCCAGUGCCUCCCAGUUUACCUACACCACGGCAGCAUGGCUCACGCUGACAGCAAGCUGAUGGUCAUCGGGGCUCUGGCCGGUGUGGCGGGCGUCAGCCUGGCCGCCGUCUGGUACCACAGCCUCCGGUCCCGGCGCCGGGACUCCUGGCCCGCCGCGUGCCUCGACGGCCCCGGGGGCAGCCGGCCCGGCGGCGGUCUGACGGUGGUGGACGGCGGGGCCGGCGGCGGGUCGGCCUUGGCGGGCCAGGCGGAGGUGCUGGACCGCCUGGAGGCUCUGAUCCGCUGCGUCUCGGAGCUGAAGGACGAGAUGAGGGCCCUGAAGAGCGCCCUGCCCCUGCUGCCCGACCAGGUGAGGGAGGAGAUGAAGAGCGGCCGGACGGAGGGCGGCGGCGGCGCGGGGUCCCGCCGGACCACCCCCACCCGCAGGAAGCGGGCCGCCGCGGCCGCCGGAUUGGCCGCCAGAAGCGGAGGUCAAAGUUCAGAGGAAGCAGAGAGUGAGGGAGGGUAUAUGACGGCGCUGACAGACUCUGACGAAGAGGAACCAAGCCCGGGGUCACCGAGACAGGAGGAGGAGGAGGAAGAGGAGGGCGAGGAGGAGCCUGUUGACCAGCUGGUCGCCCUCCUGGGGCGGGUCGACGCUCUUCACCGAGGGGACAGUUGCGGCAAGAGACAGAGUCUCGAUGCACUUCUGGAGAAGAAGGAGGAGUACGGACUCAGCGCGUCGCUGCUGUGGCGCCUGGCCCGGGCCUACUGUGACGCCCAUGACCUCGCAGACGGCCUGGAGGAGAAGAAGGCCCUGGCACUGAGCGGGAAGGAGGCGGGUGCGGAGGCGGUGAGGCUAAACCCUUCAUGUGCCGACAGUCAUCAGUGGUACGCCAUCAUGUGUGGUUUAAUGGCUGAAUACGACACGGUGCAGAACAAGAUCAAGAACGGCUUCAUCUUCAAGGACCAUCUGGAUAAAGCCAUUGAACUGAAGCCAGAGGAUCCCAUGUCCUACUACCUAUUGGGUCGCUGGUGCUAUGCUGUGGCUCAGCUAUCGUGGAUCGAGAGGAAGGUUGCCACCACGCUGUUCGGUGAACCCCCCAGUGCCACGGUCCAAGACGCCCUGAAGAACUUCCUCAAGGUUGAGGAUAUCUCUCCUGGAUACUCCAAACAGAACUACGUGUUCUUAGCCAAGUGUUUUAAGGACCUGGGCCAGAAGAGCCAGGCCAGGAGGAUGUGUGAAGCCGCCUGCUCCAUGGACACCGUCUCUAAAGAGGAUGAGGAUGCGGCGAAGGAGCUCACUGUGCUGUGCCCGAUGCUUGGUGUUUGACGAGGCUAAGCCCCCUCCAUCACCUCAGAGCUGAGGCCCGGAUCCCUCCAGCACCCCCACGACUGCCCGCACCACCGGGCGCUACAGG